UUUCCACUUCACAACGCUACACUUGGAAAUAAACUUUUGUGUCUGCGUCCCGGACGCGUCUGUGAGGAUGCCAGUGUCGAUUAUUUAUCUUCGGGGUUGACCAUUUCACUCAGUAACUAACCUUUUUUUUAUUAUUAUUAUUAUUUUUCUUUCUUUUUUUUUUUUCCACCCCUUUUUUUCCCUCUCCAAACUGGAUCAUCAUGUUGCGGAUUUUGGUUGAGUCAGCUGCAGGUCUGCCCAAAAAGAAAGUUGGAAGUCCUGAUCCAAUCACAACAGUGGUGUUUAGAGAUGAAAAGAAAAAAACAAACUCUAUUGACAGUGAAGUGAAUCCUGUAUGGAAUGAGAUCCUUGAGUUUAACCUGAACGGAGCCGCUCUAGAACCCAACUCCCAUGUUGACGUGAUUGUGAAAGACUCCGAGACUUUUGGGAAAGAUAAAUUCAUCGGGUCAACAAGAAUUCCUUUGAGAGAGCUUGCCUCUGGUCAACUUAGAUCAUUACCAUUGAAAAAUGUGCCUCUAGUUGAUGAGAAUGGCCACAAUAUUGGUGCCACCGUGAACCUCGUCAUUGGCUAUGAUCCUCCACCCAAUGCUAGCUCAAAUGCCGACGAAUCACAUGAUGGUGAUUCUACUUUGGAUUCUGGUGGUGGAGAACAAGGUGAUGAGACUGCACCUGAUGGGGCUCCGGGUGGUUCUGCGAUGAGUCCCUCGACUCCCGGUCACUCCGCUAGUCUCCGCAGGCGAGUCGUAAGGUCACAGAACAGACGGCGGCUUGUCAACAAACCUCAGGACUUCCAGAUCCGCAUCAGUCUCAUCAAGGCCCGUCAGUUGCCAGGCAACAACAUCAAGCCGGUGGUCAAGGUUCAGGUGUGCGGCCAGACCCACAGGACAAGGAUUAAGCGGGGAAACAACCCAUUCUUUGACGAGAUGUUUUUCUAUAAUGUCCACAUGCUUCCAUCAGACCUGUUUGAACAGAACAUCGGUUUUCGGGUUUAUAAUUCCUACUCCCUCAGGGCUGACAGUCUGAUGGGAGAAUUUAAGCUUGACGUUGGCUAUGUGUAUGAUGAACCAGGCCACUGUGUCAUGAGGAAGUGGCUGCUCCUGAACGAUCCGGAUGACUCUAGCUCUGGGGCGAAAGGAUACCUGAAAGUCAGCCUUUUCGUGGUGGGGAUCGGUGACGAGCAGCCGUCAGAGAAGAGGGAAUCCAAUGAUGACCAAGAUGACAUUGAAAGUAACCUGCUGCUUCCAGCUGGUGUCACUCUACGAUGGGCCACGUUAUCGCUCAAGGUUUUCAGGGCAGAAGAUAUCCCGCAAAUGGAUGAUGCCUUCAUUCAGUCACUCAAGGAAGUUUUUGGGGGAAAUGAAAAUAAGAAGAACCUGGUGGAUCCUUUCAUAGAGGCUCGUUUCGCUGGCAAAAAGCUAUGUACUCAGAUCGUAGAGAAGAACGCAAACCCAGAGUGGAACCAAGUGUUGAAUCUCCAAGUCAAGUUCCCAUCUAUGUGUGAGCGUGUCAAACUGACAGUCUUUGAUUGGGAUCGCGUGACCGGCAAUGAUGCUGUUGGCACCACAUACUUCAACCUGGCCAAAAUAGCCUCCUCUGGGGGUGAAAUAGAAGAGGAACAUGCAGGAAAUGCAGAAAUGUCAUCAUUUGAAGCCGGAACGGGAGAGUCAGAGGUUGGUUUCCUGCCUGUCUUUGGUCCCUGCUUCAUCAACCUCUAUGGCAGCCCCAGAGAGUUCAGUGGACUGCCUGACCCUUACGAAGAUCUGAAUUUGGGAAAGGGUGAAGGAGUGGCCUACAGGGGCAGGGUCCUGGUCGAAAUGUCCACAAAGUUAGAGGGCAAAGUUGACAAAGCAGUAGACAGCAUCCCCAGUGAUGACAUCUUGGUGGUACAGAAAUACCAGAGGAGAAGGAAGUUCUGUCUCUGUGCAGUCUUCCACAGUGCCUCCAUGAUACAAGAACCAGGGGAGCCGAUCCAGUUUGAGGUCAGCAUCGGUAACUAUGGCAACAAACUCGACACCACCUGCAAACCGUUGGCCUCCACCACUCAGUACAGCUGUGCUGUGUUUGAUGGUAACCACUACUAUUACCUGCCGUGGGCUGGCACCAAGCCAGUAGUCGUGGUCACCUCAUUCUGGGAGGACAUCAGCCACCGCAUGGACACUGUCAAUAUUAUCCUUUAUAUCUAUCGCCGCUUGCAAUCUAACCUAGAAGACUUUAGAACAGCUGUCUUGGCUAAAGCACCCGACAAACAGCUAUCUGGUGUCUGGGUGAAGUUGCUGAGUCAGCUAAUUGAAGACCUAGAAAAUUUCCCAACACCGGAGCUGGAAGGCCGUUCCAACCUGACAUCCCUGGACCUCCAACUCAAGAAGCUGCGAGACAGUGGCUUGAAGAGCAUCAAGCGGGCGGCCAGACGCAUGAGAGAGGAGGCCCAAGACAUCCCUGACACUCUGGCCGACAUCGAGUCGUGGGCGGAAAAACUCUCUACACUUGCGGAAGAGCCCCAGAACAGCAUGCCCGAUGUAAUCAUUUGGAUGCUCCGCGGUGAGAGCAGGGUGGCCUACAGCCGCAUACCAGCUCACCAAAUCCUCUACUCCACAUACAGUGAGCAGGCUUGUGGACAACACUGUGGAAAAACCCAUACUAUCGUUUUAAAGUACCCGAUGGACAAAAACAGAGGCUUGAAGGUGCCUGUUCAGAUUCGAGUCAACAUGUGGCUGGGUUUGUCUGCACAUGAAAAGAAGUUCAACUCCUUUUCUGAGGGGACCUUCAGUGUGUUUGCAGAGCUGUACGAGAACCAAGCCAGUAUGUUUGGAAAGUGGGGAACCACAGGACUGGUGGGGCGCCAUAAGUUCUCUGACGUAACGGGCAACCUCAAGUUGAAAAAGGAGUACUUCAUGCCUCCGAGAGGAUGGGAGUGGGAGUCGGGCUGGUUUAUUGACCCGGAGAAAGCUCUCUUAACGGAGGCAGAUGCAGGACACACUGAAUUCAUGGAUGAGGUUUUCCAAAAUGAGACCCGCUUCCCUGGUGGAGAGUGGAAGGCCGCCUCCGAGCCUUUCACCGAUGUGAAUGGAGAGAAAAGCCGAAAUCCAGGGGAGUUCGAUUGUCCUCCUGGCUGGACGUGGGAGGAUGAGUGGACAGUUGACAUCAACAGAGCUGUGGAUGAUCAAGGAUGGGAAUGUGGCCUGACCAUUCCCCCAGAUGACAAGCCUCGGUCCUGGGUGCCGGCGGAGAAGGUGUACCACGUCCACCGUAGGAGACGGCUGGUUCGACCUCGCAAGAGAGUCUCACUUCCUGCGGGUGCCACCAUGGAGAGGCGCGACCAGGGAGAUCCGGAGGGCUGGGAAUUCUCAUCACUGAUCGGCCGGAAGUUCCACAGGAAGGAGCGUUCGUCGGAUACGUUUCGUCGGAGGCGGUGGAGGAGAAAGAUGGCGCCAGAAGACCGCUUAGGAGCAUCAGCCAUCUUCAAACUCGAGGGUGCACUGGGUGUUGAUACAGAGGAGAAAGAAAGAAGCUCCAAGGGCGACGUCACUAAGAUGUUUGGUGCCAACACGCCCACUGUGUCCUGCUCCUUAGACAGGUCUUGUAUGUAUCACCUACGUGUGUAUGUCUAUCAGGCAAGAAACAUGACAUCUAUGGACAAAGACAGUUUUUCUGAUCCCUAUGCCCACAUCUCUUUCCUACAUCUAAGUAAGACAACAGAAAAGCUGCGUGCAACGUUAAACCCAACCUGGGACCAAACCCUGAUUUUUAAUCAUGUGGAAAUUUACGGGGACCCGCAUGCUCUUGCGCAACAUCCCCCGGAUGUUGUCAUAGAAUUCUAUGACCAUGACCAAGUGGGCAAGGAUGAGCUGUUGGGUCGGUGUGUUUGCGCUCCACUGGUGAAGUUGAAUCCCAGCAUGGAUCAGACACCCAAACUGCUUUGGCAUCCCAUCAUGCAGAGGGGGUGCGAGGAAGGGGCGGCACUGGUUGCUGCCGAACUUAUUCUCAAAGAUAAGUCAGGAGAGUCAGAUCUUCCUCUGGUUCCCCCAAAGAGGGCAGAGAACCUCUACAUGGUUCCGCAAGGUAUCCGGCCGAUUGUGCAGCUCACUGCGGUGGAGAUUCUAGCAUGGGGUCUGAGGAACAUGAAGCCCUAUCAGCUGGCCACAGUGUCCUCGCCCAGCCUGGUGGUGGAGUGCGGCGGGGACAGGGUGGAAUCUGCAGUCAUCAGGAACAUGAAGAAGAGCCCCAACUUCCCCAGCUCGGUCCUCUACAUCAAAGUGCUUCUACCGAAGGAUGAGAUGUACACUCCUCCGAUUGUGCUGAAGGUGAUUGACCACCGUCCAUUUGGCAGGAAACCGGUGGUGGGCCAGUGCACCAUCACCUCUCUGGAGCAGUUCCGUUGCGAUCCGUAUGUGAUCACGGCCGAGGGAGCUAUGGCUUCCAAAAUGGCCCUCAUGGCGGCGUUGCCUUCCAGACACGUCUCCAUCAACAUGGAUGAAACUAGACUACUGUUAGAAACUCAGACCAUAGAGAAGGAAAAGCAAACUGUGGAUUGGUGGAGUAAAUUCUACGUUUCAGUGGGCGAGCAUGAGAAAUGUGGCCCUUAUAUCAAGAAAGGAUAUGACACCCUCAAAGUCUAUGACUGUGAACUAGAAGACAUCCCACAAUUCAAAGGGCUGACAGACUUCUGCAGCACUUUCAAACUGCAGCGAGGCAAGAACGAGGACGGGGAUGACGACCCGAGUGUGGUCGGGGAGUUCAAGGGCUCGUUUAAAGUGUACCCUCUGCCAGAUGAUCCAGGUGUCACCCCUCCCCCCCGGCAAUUCCGAGAGCUGCCCGAUAGUGGACCCCAGGAGUGUCUGGUCAGGAUUUAUGUGGUCCGGGCCGUCGAUCUCCAGCCUAAAGACAAUAACGGCAGAUGUGACCCAUAUAUGAAGAUAUCCCUGGGAAAGAACACUAUUGAUGACCGAGACCAUUACCUCCCCAACACAACCAACCCUGUGUUUGGAAGGAUGUUUGAGAUGACGUGUUUCCUGCCCCAAGACAAAGACCUGAAAAUCUCCGUUUACGACUAUGACCUCCUGAGUCGCGACGAGAAGGUCGGGGAGACGGUGAUCGAUCUGGAGAACCGCUUCCUGUCCCGUUAUAACUCCUACUGCGGCCUGCCACAAACCUACUGCACUUCUGGAAUCAACCAGUGGCGGGACCAGCUGAAGCCGUCUGAGAUCUUGGAGAACCUAGCUCGCCUGAAAGGCUUUUCCAAACCCAGGACGGAGGACAACGGCAAUUCACUCGCCUUUAAUGGAAGAGAAUACACACUAGCUCAGUUUGAGGACAAAAAGGAGAUUCAUGAACACUUGGGUCCAGCCUGGGAGCGUCUGUGUCUGCAUGUCUUGCGAACACAGGGACUGGUACCCGAGCAUGUGGAGGCCAGGACACUUUACAGCAGCUUUCAGCCCAAUCUGUCCCAGGGACGGCUUCAGAUGUGGGUGGAUGUUUUCCCCAAAAGCAUGGGCGCGCCCGGUCCCCCGUUUGACAUCACCCCACGCAAGCCGAAGAAGCAUUUCCUGCGCAUCGUCAUUUGGAACACGACAGACGUGACUCUGGAUGAGACGAGCGUCACCGGAGAGCACAUGAGCGACAUUUAUGUUAAAGGUUGGAUGCCAGGAAUGGAGGAGGACAAGCAGCGGACCGAUGUCCACUACAGGUCUCUAGACGGAGACGGCAACUUCAAUUGGAGGUUCGUCUUUGAAUUUGACUACCUUCCUGCGGAGCAACUCUGCCUCGUCUCAAAGAAGGAGCACUUUUGGAGUCUGGACAAAACUGAGUUCAGGAUCCCACCCAAACUGAGUAUCCAGAUAUGGGACAAUGACAAAUUCUCACUGGAUGAUUAUCUUGGAACGCUGGAGCUCUAUUUGCACAACUUGAUUCCCCCUGCAAAGACACCCGAGAAGUGCUCACUGUCCAUGAUGGACAAUGUGGAUACAGAUGUGCAACACAAGCCUGAACCUGCCAAGUGUCUGUUUACCCAGAAGUCAGUGAGGGGCUGGUGGCCCUGUUCUAUUGAGCGAGAUGGGCACAAGGCCUUAGGGGGCAAAGUAGAGAUGACUUUGGAAAUUGUGAGUGAAGCUGAUGUGGAUGAAAAACCGGCAGGAAAAGGCAGGGAUGAACCAAACAUGAACCCUAAACUGGACCCUCCCAAGCGCCCAGAAACAUCCUUCUUUUGGUUCACCAACCCAUGCAAGACCAUGAAGUUCAUUGUAUGGCGAAGGUUCCGGUGUCUCUUCAUUGGACUCAUUAUUCUCACCAUUGUGCUCCUCUUCCUCGCCAUCUUGCUGUACUCUCUACCGAACUACAUCUCCAUGAAGAUAGUGAAGCCACUAAAAUAAAGCGUACAACUGACAAAGUGCGGUCGACCCGCAAAGGACUGGAAAUGCCAAAAGGAUCACAGUACAGCAAUGGCCAACAAUCUCGUUGUCUUUUUACUCAUGUGUUGUCUCUUUUUUUUUAAGAGAAAUUGUGAAUUUGGGGGUAUGCUUGCUUGUUUGCACUAUUUUAACAUUCUGCCAAGCACGAAUCUGUGAUUAAUUCAACAAGAUUGGUGAUUGACUUUUCUACUUAAAACACUGGUAUAGCUCAGUGGGUUCAAUUCCUAAUGUUCUAAACAUCACUUAAAAGCACAAUACUGAUUACAAUGUUUUGGAUGGGAAAAAAAAUAACAUGACUGUAUUACAUUUUUUUAAAUUAGAAAUUUCACGUAUUGAUUGUAUACAUUGAACAUGUCAUCAGCCAACAUUGUGGCAUUACCUUGAUCAGAUGAGCUGCAAACUAAUUGUCCCCUGAAAUGUUUUGUUUCCCUUUUUGUGUUGUUGUUAAUAAUAAACUAAGAAUUAAGCCAUG